UAUACAAGUAAACAAUUUACUGCUUAAACAAAGGAUAAUCUAAAUAAUGACUAAACAUGAAAGAGCUGAGGAUGAAAAUGAAGAAAAAAAUGUAGAGAAACGUACAUGUACAUAUCCUACUAAACCCUUAUAUGAUACAAACGGUCAAGCAUAUUGGGAAUUAGAGGGACGUACACGACGAUUGAGUCUGAGCCGAUGGAAGGGGAAAAUAUUAAUAGAUAUAAGAGAAUAUUAUGAGGAAACAGCAACAGGACAAAUGAAACCAGGAAAAAAAGGGUUAUCGCUGACACAAAAACAAUUUGAAUAUUUAACGGCGAUUUUACCGGAAGUCGAGAUAGUCUUAAAGGAAAUGAAUAAAGAGGGACCAAGUUCUGAAAAAAAAUAAGCAAAAUGACAUGUAUUAUAUUAUAUGUAUAUUAUAU